CUUUCUGGGAGAGUGUGGAAAAACCUUCGCUGAUAAAAUUUUUAGAAUUCCGUUUACGCGAAGGCAAUUUGAGUGAUUCGAAAACAGAACACCGCCGUUACAAUGAAGAACUAGAUACUAUCACAGAAUACUUAUCCGAUUCAUCUGAGAUUGUGGAGCAAGUGAACAAAUGGAAAAUUUCAUUUAAGAAUGAUAAAAGUUCCAGAAAAAUAAACGAUUUCUGGGAAUUGCACAAAGUUAUUCAAAACGAGAACAGGUUUCAUGAGGAAAAAUCACGUCUACGACAAAAGGACAAACUAAACGAUUUGAAAGAUCAAAUCAACGUUGAACAGGUGCAACAUGUAUUGAACACAACAAAAGAAACAUUUUCCCAAAAUCUCGAAUUACAAAAGACCGUCAUCAAACAACACUUGUUGGACGAGACGAAUGCCGGAUCAAUAAUCGGACAAAAACGAAAUCGCGGUUCGGCCUCCUUGAAAAAUAAAGAAGAUGAACUUGAUUCUGAGGAAAAAUAUCAGCAAAGUUCACAACAGAAGAGGAAAUGCACUGAACCAGUUGUGGACGCUGAAAAUAAUCCGUUUUUAGGAUCUAAGAAUGAAUCUGUUUCAGAUACUGAAAUUAUGCCCAACUGUCCAGCAAUAAUUAAUGAUGUUAUGGGACUAAAAUUGGGACCAUUACCUCGAAAAGAGUCUAGAUGGUUCGUAAACGACAUGGACGUCUCUGAAAAAUGGCAUUUGUUUAAGGAAAAAUUCGGUGGAAUUGGCAAAUAG